AUGUCGUGUCCUGUACAUGCGCUCACCCCCCUCACCAACACCGAAUCCUCGCCUCCGGGAAAACCCUCCAGCCCGAAACCCUCCAAGUUGUCGAAUGGCACCAUGCCUCAAAACGGCACCCCAUCCUAUGCCGCCGCGCCCACGUCCGCCUCGCACAAUGUCGCGGCCGCCGACGUUGUCACCCCCGCCACCACACCCCCCCAGUCCCGACGACAAGCUCGGCCAGGUCCCGGCGAGGAUAAAGGCCUGAUACUCCACUACGAUCCCGCCCUCGACUCGAAGCUCCCUCCCAACGAGAGACACAAGCGGAAAGCCCAGCCGAGACCGAUAAACAAAGAUGAUGUUGCGCCGCCGCCAGAUCCUCGCUUGGCAAUAGCCGGGUACACGACCGGGAACCACAAUGGUCGGAAUAAAGGCAAGCUCAGAAUCGCGCCUUACGUCGUGAGACCGUACGCUCCCGACAAGAACACCAUUGGUCCCGGGCCCGCCACGCGCAUCCUCAUCACCGGCCUGGACCCCUUCACUCCGGAAUCCCAGAUUCGCACCUUUUUCAGUAGCUACGGCGAAAUCGCGGAAUUUGACAACAAGAUUGACCCGGCAACCGGAAGCUUUCUUGGCAUUUGUUCCAUUCGGUAUCGCGACAGCAAACCUCUGCGAGGCUCCUCUGUGCCGGCUGCAACCUCGGCGAAAUUGGCGGAGAAGCAAGGAAAUGGACAGAGAAUUCAGCUUCGUCAGGUCAGGGUUGAGCUGGAUCGUGAAGGUCGGCGAUGCGCUCGGCACGUCGAUGCCGCUGUCCGGCGGAACAGGGCGCAACAAGAGAAAAUGGCGGCCGCGGAGGCAAAGGCAAAGAAAGCCGAGACUCCAAAUGCCGCCGUCGCAGACACGGGCCCUCCUCCGGAUGCACCCAAGGGACCCUCUGGAAAAGGCGCCCGUAUGCCCGACGGUGCCCGUCUUGUCGCACCGAAGCCCAUUCAUGCGGCGCAUGCGCUCGUUGAAAACGAGCCGAUUGUGGACAAGAUCAAACGCAAACCCUACAUUUUCGUUGCGCACUGCUAUGUCCCGGUCCUUGGUACCACCAUCCCCCACCUGAAGAAAAGGUUAAAGCUGUACGCUUGGGAGGAUGUGCGCGUAGACCGGACGGGAUACUACAUAAUAUUCCAAGACUCGGGGCGUGGCGAAUCGGAGUGCGAAAGGUGUUUCAGGGAGUGCAACAUGAGCGCGCUGUUUACCUACGUCAUGAACAUGGAGUGCCAAAAAUAUGGCAAUCCCAAUUACGAACGAAGUCCAAGCCCUGAACGGGUGCUUGCGGACAAAAAGAGAAAGGAGGAAGAGGAAGAGGCGAGGAGAGAAGAAGAGCAGGAUCUCGAGGAGGAGAAGAAAGAGCGAGCGGAAAACCUGGACCCUGUCAAUGCAGCCCUCGAAAGAUUGAAUCAGGAGCUGGUGGAACAAAUCAUUAACGACAUCAAGACGAGGAUCGCUGGUCCGGCGAUACAUGAUUUCCUCGACCCUGUUCGUCACGUCGCAAAAAGACGACGAUUAGGGGUCCGGGACCCAACCAGCAACGAAGUCAAGACUCCGACUGUGCUUUUCACCGCUGCGGAUGAACUCGCAACGACAAAGGGCAAGCACUGGAAGAAGGGUUCACUCAGGAAGUCAAUCGCUUCUCAGCUUGCUAAAGGCGAGCGGGGUAAGAAGGGCGGUCCUCAACAGGAAGUCAACGCGUUCGCCGAUGAGCGCCGCAAGAAGCCUGUUCCGAAGAGGCCGACGAACGUUCUCAGAGGCCUGCAUCGCCAGAUGCAGCAUUUCCAUGAUGACGAAUCGGAUGAUGAACAGAGCAUUCUAACGCGUGAUACCGAGGAGCAAGACAGCAGGUCUAUCAGCCGCAUGAGCUCCGUGGCUCCAGAAGAGGAAGAGGAAAUCAUUUCGACGCGGCCCACGAAGCGCAGAAAGCUUGACCCUUCGUGGGGUGAUGCCGAUACGCAGGAUGCGCAGGCGCGCCAGCUCUAUCCUCACCUCAUCAACAAGGAUCCCAGCAACAUGGCUGAUCGCGAGCUCGAUCAGAUUGUCCAUGCUUUCCCGAAGACGUCGGAGCUCUACAUGCGCGCGAAGCAGGAGCAGAAGUUCCGGAAAGCUUACCAUGAAGCAGACGACUUAUUCGGUAUUCAAGACGAGGAGGACUCCCGGGCUGGAAGCGUGCUUCCUAGCAUGGAGGUAUCCACGCCCGAUUUGGUCAUGGAAGAAACGCCGGCCGAGACUCCUGAGCCGGAAGAAGCGGCGAAGGUCGAGGCUCAAAAGCCCAAGGCGAAGCCCAAGAAGAAGCCGACUUCCAAGAAGCAAGCUGCUGCCGAGGCGGAGGCAAAGGCAUUGGCCCUCCGACCCCAGGUCGAUGAUAUUGUUCUUCCUGACUCAGAAGUCGCCGAAGAGCCAACCAAGGCGCCGGUGGCUGUUGAGGAAGAUGUCUUGGUGGAUGAUCCAAUCUGGGGAUUCUCACUCGACAUCCCCAAAUCCACGGUGGAGGAGACUUUGGAUUACGUCUUGGAUAUCGACGGCUGUCAACACAUUGUCAAGGAUGCUGAGGAUCUUCGUUUCCUCCAAGAAGCACUCAAGGAUAUCCGUCCUGCCGCGUUAGGAGAUGCCAACGUCCAUGCUUACAAGGAGAAGCUCGUCAAGAAGCUCAACACCGGUCUGGAAGGCGUCGCUUACGAUGAAGUCAAAAUCAAGGACUACUAUCGACCAAACACGAGUGGCUCGGCUCGCACUGAGGGUCACAAGAAAAUACCCGAGUGGGAGAAGUCCAUGUAUCUGCCUCAUCGGAUUCGUGUACAAAAGGCGCGCGAGGAACGCGAGGCACUGGCAAAGAGCAACCCAGCGGCUGCCGCUCAGAUGGCCAAGGCCGCUGUUGCAGCCAAGGUGUCGUCGACAACCAACUCACGUACCAACCGUGCGAACAACAGGCGUCUCCAGAACGAGAUUAGCGGGCAAAAGCAAGCGCUGGCGUCCGACGGCGACAAUCUCUCGCUCCGGUUCAACCAACUGAAGAAGCGUAAGAAGCUCGUCAAGUUCGACCGUUCCGCCAUCCAUAAUUGGGGUCUGUACGCCCAAGAGGAUAUUGCUGCCAACGACAUGAUCAUCGAGUACGUCGGCGAAAAGGUCCGACAAAAGGUAGCCGACAUUCGUGAGAUCAAGUACGACAAGCAGGGCGUUGGCAGCAGCUACCUCUUCCGUAUCGAUGAAGAUAGUGUUGUGGAUGCUACGAAGAAGGGUGGCAUUGCGCGUUUCAUCAACCACAGUUGCACACCCAACUGCACGGCGAAGAUCAUAAGGGUUGAUGGCACGAAGCGCAUUGUCAUCUAUGCACUCCGGGAUAUCAAGACAAACGAAGAACUCACCUACGACUACAAGUUCGAGCGUGAGCUUGGCAGCGAUGAUCGUAUCCCCUGCCUCUGCGGUUCGGUCAACUGUAAGGGCUUCCUGAACUAG